UAAAUCAACCAAAUGCCGUCUUCAAUCUCACUCAUGUUCCUCCCAUUAUUACUUUUUCUGUUAUCAUCAGCUUCAUGGGCUGCUGCUUCAGACCAUUCAAUUGAAGAUAAAUUCUACCAGUGUGUAAAUCUCCAUACUGAUCUUUCCAUACCUUUUCAUAGUGCAUUUUUCACCCCAGAAAAUGCUUCAUUUACUUCUGUUCUGCAAUCUACUGCGAUGAAUCUGAGGUGCUUGGGGCCAUCUAGGCCUAAACCUGAGCUUAUUUUCACACCAUUGACAGAAUCCCAAGUUCAAGCAGCAGUUAUCUGUGCAAAAGAGCUUAAUAUUCAGCUCAGAGUCCGCAGUGGAGGCCAUGAUUAUGAGGGCAUAUCGUAUACUUCUGCCACACCAUUCCCUUUCAUAAUGAUUGACCUUGCCAAACUUCGAUUCAUCAAUGUUAGUAUAGAGGAAAACAGCGCCUGGGCCCAAGUAGGAGCUACAAUUGGCGAAGUUUAUUACAGAAUUUCGCAGAAAAGCAGAAUUCAUGGUUUCCCUGCUGGCCUCUGUACAAGCUUGGGGAUUGGUGGGCACAUAACAGGAGGGGCAUAUGGUCCCAUGAUGCGAAAAUACGGGCUUGGAGCUGAUAAUGUGGUGGAUGCUCGAAUAGUUGAUGCAACAGGGAGGAUUCUUGAUCGUGCAUCAAUGGGAGAGGAUUUCUUUUGGGCAAUUAGGGGAGGCGGCGGAGGGAGCUUUGGAAUCCUCCUAGCCUGGAAGCUAAGUUUGGUUCCAGUACCGUUAACUGUCACAGUUUUCACUGUUCCAUGGACAUUGGAACAAGGAGCAACUAAACUUCUGUACAGGUGGCAACAAGUUGCUGACACUCUUGAUGAAGACCUCUUCAUCAGAGUUCUCAUAAGUGCUGUGAAUUCUACUGAUCAGAAAGGAAAGAGAACGAUACAAACUGCCUAUCAGGCCUUAUUUCUUGGAAGGGCUAACAGACUCCUGAAAGUAAUGAAGAAAGGCUUUCCUGAAUUAGGAUUAACACAAAAAGAUUGCGUUGAAAUGAGCUGGAUUGAAUCAGUUCUUUACAUUGCUGGCUACCCGCGAACUUUAAAGCCUGAAUUUUUGCUUCAGAGGAAGUCAUUCUUCAACAAGACUUAUUUCAAAGCUAAGUCAGAUUUUGUAAAAGAGCCCAUCCCAAAAUUUGCGUUGGAAGGAAUAUGGAAAAGGUUUCUACAAGAAGAUUCUCCGUUCACAAUUUGGAAUGCUUAUGGUGGAAUGAUGGGAAAAAUUCCAGAAUCUGAAAUUCCUUUUCCUCACAGAAAAGGAAGAAAAUUCAUGAUCCAGUGGCUGACGGCAUGGCAAAGUGGAGACAAGAAAACUACAGAUAAGCACAUUGAUUGGAUCAGAAAAUUAUAUGACUCCGUAGCUCCUUAUGUUUCUAAAUUCCCCAGAGAAGCUUAUGUGAAUUACAGGGAUCUUGAUUUGGGAGUGGAUAAGCUUAGCGGAAACGUAAAUUAUCUGAAAGCAUGUUUCUGGGGCUCUAACUACUUCAAAGACAACUUCAAAAGACUCGUGCAGGUGAAGACAAAAGUUGAUCCUGAUAAUUUCUUCAGGCAUGAGCAGAGCAUUCCAACGCUUCAUUCCUUGUCUGAAGAAGAUGAGAAGAAGAUGAUAAACUGAACCAUAGCUACAUUUGAUUACUAGAACAAGAAAGGAGAUGACUUUGACAACGAAGAUCUGAUGAAUUUUUACUGUUCUGUUUUCUUGUUUUCCGUUUUUCAUCGUUUCUAAAUUUCGAGUUCCUGUACACGACUGACACGAUGCAUUGCAUCUUGAGUACUUGUGUAUUUUCUCAGUGCAUAGGAGGAUUGAAUGUUUCAGGUGCUUCUAUUUGUUAAUUUCUGGAGCUAAGUCGCAGUUAAUCUUGUUA